AUGGCUGCUGCUUCCACAGAAAGAACUAACACUUUGACCAGCUCCGUUUCGAGUGAUCAAAAAGUUCAAGAGCCAGCCAACGACAUUCGUCAUCCAAGAUGGCCCCUUUGGACAGAUUCCAGCCCAGAUGCUGGCUUGGAGCUUCCAGAACUCAAAGGAGAAGACAACUUUGAGUUAUGGGAUCGUAGCGUCCUAGACACUUUCAAGAUAUACGGUCUUGAGGGUUUUGUCAAGGGGACGGAAACACCUCCCCCUAGUGACACUGCCGAGGAUUAUCUGGACCUUCAGACUUUCAACGACAGAAGGCUUUGCGCUUUCCGAAUCAUCUAUACAAGCAGCACGCCCAUUCAUUUGCAACUUUUGCCCUACGGAUAUGACGGCUACCAAUUGCCGGAUGUUCUCGAUCCACAAGUCCUGUGGGAUGCUAUUCAUCGCUGGGAUGUCGCUGUUCACCUCAACACACUCGCCAAAGUCAAAUUGGUGAGGGAACUCAGCCACAUACAUCACUCUGGGUUCGAUAACCUCCGUGAAUUUAUGCGCCGAGCUAAUUGGCUUCGCCGGCGCCUCGAGCGUGCCGGUGUGCCGAUUGCCGACGAGCUGAUGAAGACAUAUGUUCUCAGCGGGUUGACCAGGUAUCCCGACGAAAACUGGGUAACGUCGCUGUUCAUCAAGGCUUCGGACUGGACUUACUUCACUUUAGGGACAAAUAUUGAGAAACAGGCGUCCUGGGAAUCCGUGGGGGAGUGUCAAGUCAAGCCAAGCAAGCCACAACACCUCAAGAAGCGCCGCAAUGCCCGUGGACGCCGUCCCGGACAUCCUCAUAGAGAAGGUGCCAGACAACGUGGCUCUCGCUAUUAA